UGUCCGCACUUCCUCAGCGUGCUAGCUGCUAGCAGAUGAAUAGUUUGAGACACGAUGAGCGGCAGGGCAAGUGCGAUAGUAGCAGGGGUAUGUGGGGCCCUUUUCGUCGCAUACUGUAUUUAUUUUGACAAAAAGCGACGGAGUGACCCUCACUUCAAGGAGAAGCUGCGUGAACGUAGAAGAAAACAAAAUGCUUCAAGUGAGAAGUCUGCUCAGUCAAAGCUGCCUGACAUGAAGGACCCAGACGCUGUUCAGCAAUACUUUUUGGGGGAAAUCCAGCUGGGAGAGGAACUCCUGUCACAAGGUGACUUUGAGAACGGUGUAGACCACCUAACCAAUGCGAUUGCAGUAUGUACUCAACCUCAGCAGCUGCUUCAGGUCCUCCAGCAGACUCUGCCUCCUCCAGUCUUUCAAAUGUUGCUCACAAAACUACCCACCAUCAGCCAGCGAAUCAUCAACUUUCAGUCUUUAUCAGAAGAUGAUGUAGAAUGAAUGCGUGUGAAUGACAUUAAAACCACUAUUCCAAUAAGGGAUUUCAAACACUGAUAUGAUUGCACUGUUUGAUACGUCUGACUGCAGUUGCUUGUGAGUUGCGAGUCUGGUUGCGAUAGUCCUCGAUCACUGGAUAUCAUGUGAGAGUAUCUCCCUCCAUCGCGGCACUCCGAGGUUAAAGAACUUCCUCACAGUUACGCUUCUGGGAAAUGUUGAAUUCAUUCCUUCUUUCUAAUCCUUUUCUUACCAGAUUUCAUCUUUUCCUGCCAUCUGUUUGUUGUGUUUAUUUCCUUUGAAGGUAAUUAUGCUUUGGGGGCGGAGGUUGACAAUAUGUAGUAAAUUUCUUUUUAAAUAUGUAGAUGAUUUGUUACAAAUUGUUGCAAAGUUGAUUUAAAUGUCUGAAAGGAAGUCUACACUAAACAGACUUAACUGUGAAAUAUUAACUUUUCUGAAGAUAUUCUUGCAAUGUCAGAUAAAUGUUCUUUUUAUAUUCCAGUCUUUCACAUUUGAACAUAUUUUUCUGUGUAAAGUCCUACAAUAAAACGUGAAAACACA